UCUCGGCUGCCGUCGCCGUUGUCACCUCACAGGGGGCCAGGUUACAAGUGUCUGCCCUUGUUCGGAAAAGUAAAAGUGGCUUCUGCCAGCUUGGAGCGUGGUGCCUCACCCGGCUGGAGCUGGAGAAGGCGUCCUGUCGCGGCCACCGGCGUGGGGCGGGACAGGAGCCCCCUCCGAGGGGGCAGCCCCGAGAGAACCUGCAUCGACCGGAGCGGUAAAAAUAAGUGACUAAAGAAGCAUAUCUGGGAGUCAUCUAACAUGUCAAGAAGAAGAUUUGAUUGCCGAAGUAUUUCAGGCCUGCUAACUACAACUCCUCAAACUCCAGUGAAAAUGGAAAACUUCAACAAUUUCUAUACACUUACAUCAAAAGAGCUAGGAAGAGGAAAAUUUGCUGUGGUUAGACAAUGUAUAUCAAAAUCUACUGGCCAAGAAUAUGCUGCAAAGUUUCUAAAAAAGAGAAGAAGAGGACAGGAUUGUCGAGCAGAGAUUCUCCAUGAGAUUGCUGUGCUUGAAUUGGCAAAGUCCUGUCCCCGUGUGAUAAAUCUUCAUGAGGUCUAUGAAAAUACAAGUGAAAUCAUUUUGGUAUUGGAAUAUGCUGCAGGUGGAGAAAUUUUCAACCUGUGUUUACCUGAGCUGGCUGAAAUGGUCACAGAAAAUGACGUUAUCAGACUCAUUAAACAAAUACUUGAAGGAGUUUAUUAUCUACAUCAGAAUAACAUUGUACACCUUGAUUUAAAGCCACAGAAUAUAUUAUUGAGCAGCAUAUACCCUCUUGGGGACAUAAAAAUUGUAGAUUUUGGAAUGUCUCGAAAAAUAGGGAAUGCAUGUGAACUUCGGGAAAUCAUGGGAACACCAGAAUACUUAGCUCCAGAAAUUCUGAACUAUGAUCCUAUUACCACAGCAACAGAUAUGUGGAAUAUUGGAAUAAUAGCAUAUAUGUUGCUAACUCAUACAUCACCAUUUGUGGGAGAAGACAAUCAAGAAACAUACCUAAAUAUUUCUCAAGUUAAUGUAGAUUAUUCAGAAGAAACUUUUUCAGCAGUUUCACAUCUGGCCACAGACUUUAUCCAGAGCCUUUUAGUAAAAAAUCCAGAGAAAAGACCAACAGCAGAACUCUGCCUCUCUCACUCUUGGCUACAACAAUGGGACUUCGAAAACUUGUUUCACCCUGAAGAAACUUCAAGUUCCUCCCAAAUUCAAGAUCAUACUGUAAGGUCCUCUGAAGACAAGACUUCUAAAUCCUCUUGUAAUGGAACCUGUGGUAAUCGAGAAGACAAAGAAAAUAUCCCAGAGGAUAGCAGCAUGGUUUCCAAAAGAUUUCGCUUCGAUGACUCGUUGCCCAAUCCACAUGAACUUGUUUCAGAUUUGCUCUGUUAGCACUUUUCUCUUUGACUUAUUUGGACUGAAUUUGAAAUUUUAAAUCCACUCCAGUGUGAGAUCGUGGUUUGUAGCUUCAUAUUUGACAUGUUUAUAUUAUAAAUGCACUUUUGCAUAGAAGAAUUUAGGGAAGUGUUUUAAUGCUAAGUUACUAGUUGCUAGCAUAAUAUCAUAUCCUAUCCUGAGAUAGCUCUACAGAGGAGAAAAAAUAUUUAAAUAUAUGACAAAAAAUAAAAUUGUACAUGUGAGUUUACAUGUUAAUGAAAGAAUUCAAGUUCAGGUGAACUUAUCAAAAUGUUUUAUAUAUCAGGAAAAAAAAGUGGUUUGGGUUAUGUCGUGGUCAGUGUAAACUGAAUAAAAUGAAGACAAUGGAACUUAGGGUCUCUCUCUAAAGUGAGUCCUAUGCCAUGCCUCUAUUGACAUAAUUGUUUAGGAAAACAGUGUAAAGAUUAGGCCAAAAUAUAAACUACUUUAUAGUUGCUCAAGAGACAUUUUGCAAUUGAAAAUGUUUUCAAUUGCAAAUAUUUUGGAACUGUAUAAGAUUCUUAAUUCAUAUGGUCUGCUAUGUGAGAGAGGUCCUUUAACCUUAGCAUAGAAGUUAGAAACCUGAUCAGGGAUAUUUUCUACAAAUUGAAACAGAGAAAAGAGUAGCAUGGCUUUAUUUUUUUUAACUUAAAUGUCUUUUUCCUACUCUCAACAUACUUCAGAUCUAGUAAAGCCUGGAAGUUGGAAAGCAGAUGGUAUGCAAGUGUAGAGGUUUCUCAUCCUUCAGAAUUUCUGGAGUAGAAGAUACUUAGAUAAAACUAAAUAUGCUCUGUUUUUAGUCAGUCAAAUGUAUGAACACAAGCCAGUCAUUCAGAGCUCUAAAAAAAUGCCUAAAAAGUAUCAUAGCACCAGUGGGACUGUUAACACAUUGCUAGAGUCAGCAGUAGCAAGGUUGAUGUGAUCAUAAACAUGAUGAUGUGUAAUAGUUUAAUGCUUAUUGUGUAAAAUUCCUAGUGCAUGAGGAGGCUCAGUGUAAGGCCAUCUGCAGAGUGGCCUCUAGGUGUGGUCUUUUGCUGGGACCAAUGAAAGUAAGAGUCUAGAGAGAGCAGAAUGUUUGACUAGUGGCCAGUGACUGUGUUCAGUCCUAAUAGUGGGGAAAUUUACUUCUUUUUGGACAAUCUAUGGUGAGUUUCCGCCUGAUGACCAUUAAAAAGUCUGUUGUAUUAUCUUAAGAUAAUUGUGAUCUCAUGACCAUGCUACUGUAUCAAAAGAAACUAUAUUUUGGCAAAACAAAACAAAAAAUCAACAACCUGGUGUCUCCCCUUUGAAUCAUGUAUUACUCGAAAACCUUAACUUCUCAAACUUUUGAUAAGACUUCAAAUUCUUCAGUAAUAACUUAAAACUGUUUUAAAUAACUAUGAGGUCACUUUAUUUGACUAAAUGGUGAAUUAUUUUAAUAUCAACAUUUUUUAAGGAAAAGUUACUUCUACUUGUACGUUUGUGUGUGUGUGUGCAUAUGUGUAUAAGUGUAUGUAUAUAUGUAUAAAUUGAUAAAAUAUAGUCUUUAGACAACUUUCUCUUAAAGAUUCUUUGCUCUGGUGUAUUGUGCUCAACUCAGGUGCCUAAGGAGCUCUCUUAUGACAUAUAAAUAUACAUUUAAAUUCUUUUAAGAAGUAGUUUAUUGGUCCAAUAAACUAGACAUUGCAGAAGCUAAAUGGAGCUCUUGUAUAUCUAAAACUGAUGAGUUGUUUCUAAAAUUGUUGAUUGUCCGUUUAUUUGCCUUCAGUAUUAAGAUAAUGCAGAUAAAGCUCAGUAAGCCACUGGAGAAGAAGGAAAUGAUUACUUUUCCCAAAGACCGUAUUAUAUUUGUAAAUUUUUAGAGGAAUUAUGCCAUACCAAAAAAUAAAAAUCAAGUAAUGUUUGAA